GCCGUUUACCCAACGUUUACCACACCGCCAUGUUUCUACCUCACAGAACGCUGGACCAUGGUGACCAUAAACACGGCUACUCCAUCCUCUCCGAGCCGUGUUCGGAGGGCAGAAUAGUCCUUGUACGAGGAGGUACAAAACCAACAAUGAAUUUGAGGAGGACUUUAGACAUUCUCGCAGGUUUUCCAAGAUAAUUCAGUUAAACAACAUGGGCUGGAAGAACGUCGACACAAUCAUCGAGGGCAAACUCUAUCUUGGAAAUAUCCAUGCAGCAAGGUCACCGCGGUCGUUAUCGGAGCGCAAUAUUUCUCAUAUUGUCUCCGUUUGCAACGACCCUAUCCCUUCAGAGCUGCCCGAAAGUGGAAUUACCUUUCUUCGAAUUCCUGUAGAGGAUGUCGACACCGCUGACCUCCUGAUACAUAUGCCCGCUGUGUGUCAGUUCAUUGAUCGAGCCCUACAAGCCCGAGGGGUGGUGUUGGUACACUGCCUGCAGGGUCUAUCUCGCAGUGCGGCAGUAGUCGCGGCAUACCUCAUGUACACGAAGCGCACAAACGCGACGCAGGCCAUGGACGAAGUUAGAAAAGCCCGUGAACAAGUCUGGUUCAACGCUGGUUUUCAAGAGCAGUUGGUUCUUUUUGAACUCUGCAGAUACGCUCCCAGCCCCUCCUGCGGAAUUUACCGCUCGUGGCGGCAGAGGGUCAGCAACGCCCUACGGGGUAAUUAAGAAACUGGAUUGUCGCUCAAUUGAGAUGGCGGCA